AUGUCACGAGAUCGGUCGAUGUUGAACUGUGGACACGUGGGUAAUUCAUCAUUGUUUUCUUCCCUUGCAGACAAUCUUCCAAAAAUCACGGAGCACCCAUCGGACGUUGUCGCUCUCCGUGAUGAUCCGGCCCAGAUGAACUGUGGGGCAGAAGGGUCCCAGCAGGUGAAUUGGUAUCACAAAGGCAAACUGGUGAAAAACCACGGCGGCAGCACGGUUUCUGGAGGGACUCUGUUCUUCUUGUCCGUUUCCCAUCAGGACACCGGAGUUUAUUGGUGUGAGGCCGUUAACAAAGCUGGAACCACUCGCAGCAGGAACGCCACCCUGAGCAUCGCAUAUCUCCGAGAAGAGUUCAAAGUCACUCCUUCUGAUGUGGGAACAGCUCUCGGCGAAACAGCGGUGCUCCGAUGCGAGCCGCCUGCUGGAGUGCCAAAACCAACGGUCGUGUGGCUUAAAGAAGGAUUACCGGUUAAUGUCGGUACCGGAAAGAGCCGAUUACGACUGCUCGACGACACCGGAGCGCUCUUCAUUCAGGAUGUGAGACUCUCGGAUCAGGGAUCUUAUGUAUGUAAAGCGGACAACAUCGUUGGGACCCGGGAAACCACUCCGGCGAGACUACGAGUGCUAAGCAAGCCGAAUUUCGUCGUCAAGCCCGAGGACGUAUCCGUCGUCUCAACGGACCGCACAAAUGUCCGCCUUGAGUGCACCGUCGCUGGGGAUCCGCAACCGAGCAUCCGGUGGACGAAAGACGGGAAACCCCUCGAAGUGUCCUCGAAACUGAAAAUCAAUUCUAACGGACGUACGGGCGUGUCUUCGAUCGUUGAGAUAAACGACGUGAGCUCCAGCGAUCAGGGCGAAUACAUCUGCGAGGCUUCGAACGAGGUUGGAACGGUCACCGCAUCGGCGAAAGUCAGCAUUGAAUCUCGUCCGCUGUUCAGACAACGCCCUCUGGACCAACGGAUCGCUCUGCACAGCACAGCGACACUACACUGCGCGGCAUCGGGCAGUCCGCCGCCGAGCAUUUUCUGGAGUCGUGAAGGUUCUCAAGAAGGUCUCAUGUUCACCAACAAAACCUACGGACGAAUCUCGGUCGAUGCUUCGGGUACUCUCACGAUCCGUGAUGCUCAAAAAGACGACGAGGGAUCGUACAUUUGUUCGGCCCUAUCGUCAAUUGGAUCAGCGAUGUCGAGAGCGCACCUCGAAGUAGCGACGGUCGAAGAUCUGCCACCGCCGCUAUUGGCUGUCGUUCCGGUAAACCAAACUGUUCCCGAGGGGGAAUCGGUGACGUUCCACUGCGAAGGUGCUGGAGCACCUCAGCCGGAGAUCCGAUGGCUUUUCAAUGAUAGGGACAUUGAUGAGGAAGAGGAUGAUCGUCUCAGCGCUGAUGACACUUCGCUCGUUAUCCAAGAUGCCGUCGCUGAUGACAGUGGGCUGUACACAUGCAUCGCCUGGGGAGAAAAUGGCGAGACACGACGCUCCGCGUCUCUGAAGGUCCUUCACGGUGAGUUAUCCGGGCUUUUCAUACGGGCGCCUCCGCCUUCGCUUCUGCCGGGAGCUCCAGGUCGGCCAUCUGUGACCAAUGUAGAUGACACCUCAAUCAGUCUUGUCUGGGAUGCCCCGCCAGAAGAUAACUCCGAUGAGGACGACGUCGAGGGCUAUUCUCUUGAAUUCUUCAGUCCAGAUCUCCGGUCGGGCUGGCUUUUGGCCGCCGAGAAGAUCCGCGGAACCAAAUAUACGCUCACCGGCCUGAGGGCAGAGACUCGUUACUUGUUCGUUGUGAGAGCCCGCAAUAGCCACGGUACCGGUAGACCGUCGCCCAUAUCGAAAGCGGUGAAAACUUCAGGAUUCUCGUCGAGUUCUGACGGUCAACAGUUGAGCAAAGUUCGUUCUGAGCUCGCUGAGCUUGAGGUCAAGAUCAGGAGCGUCAAAGCGAUCAAUUCAACUGCGGUCAGCUUGGACUGGACGGUCGUCGGGGAUCGUGAUCGUUUGGAGGGCUACUACCUUUGGUUCAGGAGCUUGAACCCGGGCAUCGAUGACGACCGAUUCAGCAUGGUCACCGUAUGGGGCAGCAAGCGGACCCGUUUCGUGCUCCAGGAGCUUUCGAAGUUCACAACCUACGAAUUAUUCCUGGUGCCUUUCUACAAAACAGUCGAAGGCUCCCCGAGCAACAUGAAGAGUGUCAGCACCCUCGAGGACGCUCCCUCGGCACCCGUAACCGAUAUUUCGGUGAAUGUGGCCAAUUCAACGAGUGUCUGGGUACAAUGGAGAGAGCCGCCGCCGCACGAGCAGAACGGAUAUCUGCAGGGCUACAAACUGAUUCUUUUGGGCGAACGAGAAACCGCUAAUCGCAACGUGCUCACAAACGCUACCCACUUCGUGUUUACGAACCUCGUCGAGAAAAUGCGUUAUCGCCUACAGAUUCUCGCGUUCACGGCGGCGGGCGACGGGCCUCCGAGUCAUUUCGUAGGUUUGUCGACGGACGAGGACUUCAUCCGAAGUUUAGCUGCCGAUGCCAAGGACAAGGAACCGUGGUUGGUUCUUCUGUUGUCGGCGGUGUUGUGUUUCGUGCUGAUAACGAUCAGUGCAGGGAUUCUGUUCUUCCUCUGCAAGCGUCAGAAAGACUUGAAGGCGACCACCGUGUCAUCGGUGCCGGUCUCGAAGGGAGGCGACGUCAACAGCCUAUUCGCCUCGCUCGGUCACCCGGUCCCGGCGCAAAAUUGGAGUCAAGUCUACAGCUGUAACGAUGCCACCAAGGAGAAAGAGGUUCUCUACGAGAACAAGCUAAUGAAAAUACUCGACGGUGUCAACUAUUGCAGUGAAUACACGCCUCUGAACCUGCAACGGGAAGAAGGAGAGUACGCAGAGGUUGGUGGUCAGCAGAAACUCAACACUUUCGGAGCAUUCCCCGCUUACAACCAGCACGUCCCGUCUUUUCCGGAGCCGUAUGCUUCCACUACGAUACUUGCGAACCUCCCGCAACAUCGACCCAACGAACUUCUGCAUAAGGCACAGGCCGGACGUCAAUCAGUUCGGUCGGUGACAGGAUUGCACCCGUCGCAGGAGUUUGAAGGUCUGCUCCAGGCGCGGAAAUCAUUCAGCGACGCCAGCAACGGAGACUCCUCGAGUUACAGCAGAAGGAGCGGGAGGUCGAGUAGAAGCAGCGGACGCGUGAGGACGACUGGUCGCGUGGGAGGCUACCAGAGGGGUCUCGCGCUUCAAAACCUCAAAGGUUCGGACAGUACGUCCCUUUCCGAAGACGACUCCACGGGAAUGCAAUCGUGGGGUAGGAAUAGUGGCAGGAACGAGCCGAUCUACAAUACGGUGCCCGAGGAAGACGUCGACGAACAACGUCGACGGGACGUUCCGAUUUCAUCGAGAGACGACAUCACGGUGCCAACAUACAGCCGAUCGUUAUGUACUCCAGUCACAGCGCGGAAACUUGAGAUUUUCGAAAGCAACAUCGGCGUUUCCGACAGUUGCAUAAUUGUAUAUGGGCUCAGCGCAUUCGGCGAAUUAGGGAACGGCUCGACCCAGCUCCUCUUGAGCAAUUUGUUCGAUUGUCUCUCAUGUUUCCGAUGUGAAGCUAUUAAAAGGGACCCUCCGCCAAAAACACCACAAGCGGGAACUCAAACCCGCAAGAACCUGGACCGAAAACCGAAGGAUAAACCAUGA